AUGCAUGCGCAUGAGCUUCGAUUCUGUGCACAGGCAUACCGGCUGAAGAUCUUUUUCAAUGCCUGGGCCAACGCCGCCCGGCUCCGCAAGGUUGAGGACGAAGGCGUCGAUGCGUGGUUCUUGCAAUAUCAGGAGUCCAUACGCUUGCGUCGCGUGCUGAGAGGGGCGAGCUCCUGCCACUUCCGAACAAGCAUUUUCGAUCCACAGGCUGUGACCU